AUGGAUCAACAGCAGCAAAUUCAGCAACAGCACCCGCAAAAGCCGUCAGACGGAUCGCCGCCUUUGACACAACCGUUGCUACAUGCUUCCGAGAUGGAUCAUCAGGAUCAGCGGGACAGACAUUACAAUGACCAGCCCGGCCUGGAAGCGGCUCCGAACCAUUGGGCUAGCGCACCCAUACCUUAUGCAGCCGAACCCGAGAAUCAAGGCCCGGCAAUGUCAACGGAACCCAAGUGGAUAGUGACCCAACAACAGUACCCCGUGCAGCGCGACGGGCCGCCAUCCUCGACGCCCGAGAAGCGCCGCAUCCUUGGUCUCACCGUGCCUGUCUUUUGGGGUCUCGUCAUCGCGCUAGUAAUUAUCCUAGCUGCUGGCAUCGCGGGAGGCGUUGCGGGCGGACUUAUAACGCAAAACAAAAAUUCCACGUCAAACAAACAAGACUCGCAAAACAGCGCAACAGCGACCGCCACAAGCCCUGUUAGCACAACAGCGUCGGGAACGGCAACGUCGUCGAGUAUUCGCCCUGCACCUACGGACGCUGGGUGCCCGGGCAUCAACGCGACGGCAUAUGCGCCUACUGACGGCGGCGGUAACCUCAUGCGUGUUAAAGGAGGCCACUACCAGGCCUUCCAGCAGAUAUGUGAGGUUAACUACCCCUCGGGUGCCGCCUACGGCAACCCGCAACUAUACGAUAUUCUCAAGACCUACGUCUCGUCGUUUGAGGACUGCAUGACGCUUUGUGCCGCGCACAACAUCCAGUACGCCGAUAAUCUCGCAUCUAAGAGGGUUUCGGAAGGGGGUUGGUGCCGGUCAGUGGCCAUGAUCAAGACUCCCGGCGAGUACUGCUACCUGAAGAAUGGGACAGGUAAAGUGAGUACGCAGGCCCACGCGGUGGACUUUGUUACAGGCAUUUUAACUCACGGUCUUGAGAGUUUUGACUCAGAAUCUUAA